GUCACCAUAGCGACAUCUUCCCUGUACACAAAAUGGCACUCGAUCUAUAACCGCAACAUGUUUGUUGUUGAUCAGAUAAAUCUGAAGUUGACCUUUCAGUGACUGCAUGUAAUAAUUUAGAAACAAGGUUUGUUAGCUUAAUGCUGGAUUAGCAACAUGAAGAAAGACAGGCGACCAACUUCUGCCAUUUCCAGUCAAAGGAUUUCAUCAACUGUAGAAGAGAUUGAUCCUUUCGACGAAGACGAGACAGAGAGAAAGUUUCUCUUAUCAAAGCCUACAUGCUUCAUUGUGUUUGGGAAACCUGGGUCAGGAAAAACUACUAUCUGUAGAAACUUAGCAAGAAUCUGGAAAUGUCAGUUUGUUAAUGCACCAAACAGCAUCGCACAAGCAAUAGAAUUACAAACAGACUUGGGAAAGCAGGCUCAAGAAAUUCUCUACAAAGGUGAAAAUAUUUCGGAAGACUUGACUUUGCAAAUAUUAAAGGAAAGACUCAACUCGCCAGAGGUUUCACAUUAUGGUUACAUUUUGGACGAUUUCCCCUGCACAUCGGAGGAGUACAUGUCGAUUGAUGAUCAGUUCGAGUUCAUCAGAAAAUUGCCAUUGCCUCCAGACUUCAUCAUCAACUUAAGGAUUCCCGAUGAAGAUCUAGUCACUCGACGAAGAGGAUUCAGAGUUGAUCCAUUGACUAAUGUUAUUUACACAGAACAAAGAUAUAACCCUUCAGAAAUAGCGGAAGAACCAAUGAUGGAAGAAGAAGAAGACGAAGAGGGAGAAAAUGGAGAGGAAGAUGAGGAUGAAGAUGAGCUGUCAGGGGACAGAGAGGAUGAGGGCCUAUCAGAUGUCGAAGAGGACCACGAGUUGGCUCCAGACUUGUUAGAGCGUUUGAUGCCCCGGACAGAGGACUUUGAAGAGAAUAUGACCGCGGAUAUCAAUCUAUAUAAAGAUAUAUUGCUUAGAAAAGUGGAGGAUUACAUGGGUAACCAUGAGCGGCAGAAAGUCAUCGAGUUGGAUGCAAACAUGCCGAUAAAAUAUUUGAUCAAGGGGUUGAUUCAAAAACUAGACGGCAUGGCAGCUAGCCGCGUGGCCGUUCCCCUGCGCCUUCAGGGAGGCGAGGAUCAGGAAACGAUCCCGGAUGAUACUGAGACUGAUGACUUGCUGAGAACCCUUGCAGCAACUGAAAGCAUUGGACCGGGGUUCCGUUGGAGAAGGAGCAGGUGGGGGCGGGUAUGCCCUGUUGCUCUAUAUGAGGGAAACAUUGUUCAAGGAAGUCCGCAAUUUGCAGUAAGUUUCCUCGACAAGUUGUAUACAAUGUCAUCAAUGGACACUCUGGAGAAGUUCAUGAGAAACCCAAGGCGAUACAUCAUGAGUCCCCAGCCUAGGAAUCCGUGCAAACUUUGCAUUGUGGGCCCACCGCUCUCUGGAAAGACUACUCUGGCCCAAAGAAUCGCGGCAAAGUAUCAAGCAAAGAUCUUUGAUGUGGACGCCAUGAUUAAGCCUCGCAAAGAAGCUCAAAUUUCGAAAAUGCUGGACGAUGUAAAGAGAGAAGCACUAGAAAAUGCAAUUGCAAGGGUUACUGCUAUUGUACAACAAGAAAAACUAGCUGCUGAACAGGCCAAGAAGCUCCAAGAAGAUGAAGACAAGAAAAGUGAAGACAGUGAUAUGGAUGGAGGACAGGAAGAGACAAAAGAACCGAGUGGAAGUGGAAAUGAGAGGGAAGGAGAGAUGGAAAGCAGCGAAGAGAAACAAUCUACGGAAGUUCAGCCCCACGAAGAAAAGGAAGUAACAUCUAGAGACAAGGCAGAAGCUCCUUCUGAAGGAAUGGAAGAUGCUACAGCGGAAGACGUUACAACGGAAGAUGUUGCAGGGGAAGAUGUUGCAACGGAAGAUGUUGCAGGGGAAGAUGUUGCAGGGGAAGAUGUUGCAACGGAAGAUGUUGCAGGGGAAGAUGUUGCAGGGGAAGAUGUUGCAGGGGAAGAUGCUGAAGACGAGUCUGAAGGGGGAUCUAGAAAAUUGUCAAAAACUGGAAGUGAGAAAGGUGUUGACGAUGUGAUUGUUGACGAGAACCAUCCUCAGGUUGUUAAGAUGGUGGAAGAAGCGGUUGCAGAAGCUAUGAAGAGAGACAUUUCUGUAUCUGCUGAUGAAUGUGUGGAGAUGCUCGAAAGUGCUAUUCAUGACCAUUAUAAUAAAUUGCAAGAAUCACAUCCUAUAGGGCCUGUGGCUGGAAGAUGGAUACUAGACAACUUCCCACAUACACGUGAACAAUUCAACAUCAUGGUCGAGCGAGGAAUUUUGCCAGACAACCUUAUUUGCUUAAAAGAUAACAGUGAUGGUGGAGAACUUCUAUUAAAAAGAUGGCACAAGUUGAAUAAAAAUGUUGAUGCUGCGAAUAACAAUGCAUUGGAGGAUAUAAACAUGGACGAAGAUGAAAUGCCUCCAAAAUCACCCCAACUGGAUGCACAGCGAUCAGCAAUAGUUGACUUUGACAAAAAUUGGACCAGUCUUCAAGGGGCAUUAAGAAGCGUUAGCAAUCUUGAGCCUGUACUUAUUGAUUGUGACCAGAACGAGAAUGGUGUUGAGAGUGAGGCAAUCACAAAUCUAGAAGCCCAAUUUGAGCAUACAGGAUGGGAAUACACAGGAAUGGACCAAGAUGAGGAAGAGGAAGAUCUAGCUGCCGAUGAAGAUGAGUAUGACGAUGAUCAAGAUGACGAAGAUGUGUUCAACAAAGAGAAAAGAAAACCCUUCGGUGACACAAAGCACUACUGCCCUGUAGCUUUGAAAGAAAGCACAGUUUUGUGGCCCGGCUCCCCGGACUGUGCAGCCAAGUAUAGGGAAAAAGUCUACUAUUUCUCAUCCCCCGAGGCCAGGACCAAAUUCUUGGAUAACCCAAAAGGAUAUCUGCCAGAUAGAGAGCCAUUGAAGCCACCUGCUUUGCGCCUACUAGUUUUGGGUGCAAAGGGGUCUGGAAAGACUCUUGUUGGACGGGAACUUGCGAAGAAAUUUGGCGUCUUUCAUAUAUCGUUUAAAGAUCGUUUGCAAGAAUUAAUUAUUGCCAAGACGAAGAAAAGGAUUGGACCUGACUAUCCCGAAGAAGAACCAGAACAAGAAGAUACUACAGAGGAUGAUAAAACUGCUCCAGAAGACAGCAAUGAGGAAAGCUCUCCAGAGUCCGAAACGAUAGUAAACAAAGAUGAGGAAGAGGAAGAAGUGGAGUUCUCAGAAAUGGAAGCAAAUAUCCGAGACAAUAUUACUGACAAUGAACCACUUACGAAUGAAACCUUGGAACAAAUUAUACCUGUAUGGUGGAAUGAAGAGCCUUUCAAGUCCACUGGUUUUAUAUUGGAAGGCUUUCCAAGAAACCCAGAAGAGGUUCGUUACCUAACCGAGGCUGGUCUAUAUCCGGACUGUGCUAUUAAUUUGGCAACAGAAGAAACUGACAUUAUAAAACGGCUAAUGCCUCCCCUACUUGAGAAAUGGAGGAAUAAAAGAGAUAAAAAGUUUGCAAAGAAGCAGAAGGAGUUGGCAAUUAAAUUGAAGAAAAGGGAGGAAGAAAAAGCUAGGAGAAAAGAGGAAAAAGUGAAGGAAAUUGCUCAGAGAAAGGCAGAUCGCCUGCUCGACAGACAGGACUCAUUAGACAGCAACGAGGAUAGCAACGACGAAAUAGAAGAAGAAGAUGAAGAAGAAGAGGAUAUAGAUGCUGUAAUUGAGGCAGAAAUGGCCGAGGAAGAAGAAGAAGAUGAGGCAGAGGAGGAAGAGGAAACUGAAGAAGAGGCGACAGAAAGAAUCAAAAUGGAGAUUACUGAAAAGUAUGAUGAAGAAAUCGAAGCAAUUGCAUCAUUACAGGAAGUAUUUGAAGAGUUUAUGAUACCAAGAGUCGACAUAGAAGGAGGAAAAAAGGCCCGCAUUGUCCAGUUUGUUGUUGAGAGGAAUCUACGGCCAAUCGUGGAGAACAGAGAAAGUCUUUUCGAUCAUUCACAACCAAUUUCUGCGUUUCUUGCUAAGAAAAUGCUCAUACAGGGCUACAAACAGAUGAGUAAGUUUGGAAAAUGGUGUCCGGUUCAGCUAUCAGAGAGUAGCGUUCUGCCGCCGUUUGAAAAUGCAUCUCCACUGUAUCCAGCCGUUUAUCGCCAGCACGUUUAUUUCUUCAGCUCUGAGGAGAACAGGGAAAAGUUCAUGUUUUGCCCAUUUAAAUAUAUCCACCAGCCUGCUCCAAAGCCGAUUAUACCGAUUCGCUUGGCGAUAGUUGGACCCCCGAAAUCUGGAAAAACAACCCUGAGCAACCGCUUUGUGAAAGAAUACGGAGUAAUGCGUCUGUCUGCGGGAGAAGCUCUGCGAAACGUCACAGGGAAUCAAAGCAAAACUGCCCUGGCUCAAAAAAUACUGGACUAUUUGAAAUGCGGAGAAACCGUACCAGAUGAACUUGUGAUCCAAGCUGUUGAUGUUUCAAUAUUGACCAUGCAGUGUCAGACGAGAGGGUAUAUCCUCGAUGGUUAUCCUGUCACUGACACACAAAUUCAGUUUCUCACUGAGAGAAACAUUAUUCCUUACAAAGUUGUGGAAAUAGUUAUAGACAGCAGGUCUGUCUUUCUGAGGGCCGAUGAAGAACGAUCAUCCCCAAGCAGAACCCUGCCUUUGCAUGACAGUCACAUGAUUACAGCUGUGAAGCUCAGCGCCUUCCUGAGCGCUGUGCCACCAGUACGCUCAUGGUAUAGCGACCAACAUAGGAAUUUUAAAGUAGUCAAUGGCGAAGAAUCGAAAUGGAAAGUUUGGAAUGCAGCAUUGACGGAUGCAAAAUCCAUUGUGAAAAAGAUACAAAUCUACCUGCAAAGGACUUCACAAGAUAAGGCAGCAUGCAUUGCAGACCUUUGUAUUACCCCUUCGCAACUGAACAGUCGUCUUGGAAUCUUUGGUCACUAUUGCCCUGUGAGCCUUGUUGAUAAAGGCGAACUUGUUGACUGUGCCUCUGAUGAAACGCAGAGGUUUGCAGCCGAAUUCCGCGGCCAUUACUACAAGCUGGCCAGUGAAAAGGAACUAGGCAUUUUCCUUGAAAAUCCUUCGCGGUAUACUCCUCCGCAUGUAGAAAAGAAGCUUCCGUCUGAUGACCUUCUUCCUAAAAAGCUUGCAGCUUCUGAUUUGAAGGAGAUGUUUCCAGUGCAGAUUGAGUUGCAUGGCUUUUGUCCGGUCACGUAUCUGGACGGUGACUUGCGAUAUGAGGCUUUGGUACCUGGUGAUAAUGAGCUUGUUGCUAAAUACAAGGAAAAGCUGUAUGCAUUUGUUUCUGAAUCAAAGCGAGAGAAAUUCAUGAGACUCCCUGAGAAAUACUCACAGCUGAGGCUGCCAAACAAGCUCCCACCGAAGCGCGAGCCAAUUCCUGCAUCUACACUUCCAAUGCUUGGUUACAUGGAACAGACUUUGGAAUUGGCUGUAAGAAAAGCUGCUACCGCUGUUGGAUGUCUUAAGCCAAAAUUCCCCUUUCUUUCUGCCAAGCAGUCGGCUCUUUUGUACGUUGGAUAUCAUCUGAAAGCGUACAAUCCAAAGGCAUGUGAAUACUCAAGGACAAAGUACAAGAAGAAACUUGAGAAAUUUGAAGCACACUGUGAGCUUAUACAGUAUUUAGGUAAGAAUAUGUCUCGAAGAUACAAGGAGCCCGAGGACAGACUGAUAGAUUUUGAUAAUAAACUAACCAAUUUCAUGUCACUUAAAACAGUAGCAGCGUCAGGGGGGAAGGUGUAAACUUUGUUUUUCUUUCAUUUGUAAAUAUUGUAUUUUGAGAUAAGUACUUGAUGUUUCAUAACCAAUGCGAUAGGAAUAAUUGUUAUGCGCUUGA